AUGCCGAUCUACAGGGGCUCAUGUUUCUGCCGCAAUAUUGAAUACGAGCUUCAGCUGAACUCCCGGGACGACGCUCGGACCUCGCUUCGCUACUGUCGCAGCUGUAAAGUACAGAUAUGCUCCUUUGCCGGUACAGGACAGGCGUUUCUAACCACAUUAUUCACUCAGAAAGCUUUUGGAACAAACUACGGUCUUACGGCCAAGGUUCCUAAAGACGCCUUCCACAUCACCGCGGGAAACCCCAAGGAACAUGUGGCAGACAAUGGGUCCGGAGCUGUAAUCUAUCGCGAGUUCUGCGAUAACUGUGGCCGUUUUAUCUUGGAGUAUGGAGUAAGUGAGGUGUAA